AUGUCUGAUAAGGAAAAGACUUCAUUGGAGAUCAGCCUGCGCAACUUAGUUGCUUCUUCUACAAACAACACGGAAAAUUCAUUCAGCGAGCCAACAGCUUACCAUCCCACCCCAAGUACGCAUAAUGGUGGAAAAAAGUCACGUUCGGCAAGUGUUGUUUCAAUUUCAAAAAAGUCUAUUGAACAAGUACGGAAAAGUUUACAGGGUGCUCAUUCAGUUGAGAAUAAUGCAGGAGAUGGGGAUCAGAACUACUCUGUGCAUCACAUCUAUGGUGAUUUGGACAGCGAUGAAAUUGAGCUUCAACGAAUAGCCACUAGGAAAAGUGUCUUGGGUGAAAUUGAACAGAAAAUCGUUGACGAAGUGGACGAUAAUGAGCGGUUGAAUGAAAAGGGGUUGGACGAUGGUGUAAUUGAAGAUCAAGUGCUACCCAUCGCUCAACACGGCGAGGAUCUCACCAAGAUCGAUCCGGAAUUAAUUACGUGGAACGGGAGUGAUGAUCCAGAAGAUCCCAGAAACUGGUCACCUUCGUUAAAGAUUUUUCUUUUGGCGUUUGUGUCAUUGUAUGCUCUAGUUGCACCCAUGUCUUCAAGUAUAUUGUCUCCAGCAAUGAGCGAGAUUAGUGUGUCAUUUGGCAUAACUUCGGAAGUUGUUCAAGCUAUGGUUGUCUCUAUACAAAUCUUGGCGUGGGCAUUUGGGCCAUUGAUCAUUGCUCCAUUAUCUGAGUACGACAAUAUUGGAAGGAAGUUGGUGUUGGAUGUUUCUUGUUGGAUGUCGUUGUUUUUCAAUCUUGGUUGUGCUUUUUCACAAAAUACCGCUCAAAUUAUGGUUUGCCGGUUUAUUGGGGGAUUGUUUGGUUGUGUGCCAUUGAAUGUAUGCGCUGGCGUGAUAUCAGAUUUGUUUGAUGCAAACUCAAGAAAUGCUGCAUUGGCUGGUUAUGCAUUGGUUCCUUUAUUGGGACCCGUAAUUGCGCCGUUGGUUGCUGGGUUUAUUGUUGAUCACAUGCAGUGGAGAUGGUGUUUUUACGUCUUGUGUAUUUUCAAUGGAGCUGUUGCCAUUACUGCUACAUUGUUUUUUAAAGAGACCUAUGCGCCAACUUUAUUGAAACGCAAAGCACAAAAAAUGAGAAAGAGCACCGGCAAUACCAACUUGCACACCAUCUAUGAAAUAACCAACCAAGGAGAGUCGACAUUUGGCAGGUUGUGGUUGUGUGUUGUACGUCCAGUGAACCUUCUUUUCACUCACCCCAUGGUAAUCGGACUCGGUUCAUUCAUGGCAUUCACAUAUGGGUUCAUGUACCUUUUGAUUGUUACGUUCCCACAAAUCUUCGAAAAGCAAUACGGGUUUAGCAAGAGUAUUACUGGAUUGAUGUAUCUCCCCAUGGGUUGUGGGUUUGUUUUAGGAGUAUUGUUUUGGACAUAUAUGGUUGGCAGGGUUUACAAAAAUUUGACAAUUGCCAAUGGUGGGGUACCCAAACCCGAAUUUAGGUUGCCUUGCUUAAUCGCCUGUGCCGGGUUUAUACCAGUGGGAUUAAUCUGGUUUGGUUGGUCAGCACAAAAGGAGUUACAUUGGAUCAUGCCAGGAAUUGGGUCAGCGAUUUUUGCGUUUGGGUUGGUUUGUGUUUUCCAAACCACUCAGAAUUAUCUUAUCGACAUGAAUGUUCGUUUUGCUGCUAGUUCUGUUGCAGCCGCUGCAUUGUUUCGUAGUUUGUUUGGAUUCGCAUUCCCAUUAUUUGCUCGGAAAAUGUAUAGCGCAUUGGGGUAUGGAUGGGGCAAUACAAUGUGUGCGUUUAUUGGGAUCUUGUUAGGAGUUCCAUUCCCCAUCUUUUGUUACUUGUACGGUGAGAAGUUGAGGGAAUCUUUCAAUAAGAAGUUUGAAAUAAAGCAACAAAGGAGAGACCAAAAGAAUUUGGAAAGGUUGAGGAGAAAGAAUGGAGAUGACGGUUGCAUGACGGAAAUUAGUGACACUCUUAUUCCACAGUAUCAAGAAGUAAGCAAUCAAAUCCAUCAGCGAUUGAGAACACUUACACAGCUAUACAAUGAAUUUUUGAAUUUGGAAACCAUUCAGUAUCAAACAAUGUCGUCUGCUUUUAACGAGGAUCUUUUAAAGCACAAGUUUAGGAAGUUGAUUGAACGAAAUGACGAAGAGAGUAGAGAAUUGGUGGGGAAUAUCAACUCAAGUGAGAUGACAGACAAUCAACUUGCCGACACAUUAGAACAGUUUAGGCAAAGCAGAAAGACGUAUCAUUUCAGGAAGGAAAAACUCAAUCGGUGGGAGGAGCAAAGAGUUAGCGGUUAA